AUGGUUACUGCAGAAGAAUUACUCUUUGGUGAAAAUGACAAAAAGCCAGUAUUCAAUGAUAGAUCACAAAUCAAGUCAUGGAUUCAGAAUAGAUUGAUGCCUUUGGGGAUUUUGAUCGUCAUUGAAAGAUCUGACGUUGCUAAAAUUGUUUUCAAGUGCAAGUCUUACCGUUACUCUUCUUCAUUUAAAAAAGUACGUCAAAAAAGAGUUUCUAAAAAACAGAAGCUUUUGUUGCAACAGCAAGGGUUAUUAGAAACUUUAGAAUUACAACAAAAGGACAAACAAAAGAAAGCAAAGAAAAACAGCAAUUGUUCUUGUCCAUUCCGUAUCAGAGCAAACUACUCUGUUAGAACUAAUAAAUGGACCAUCGUGAUUGUCAAUGGUAAACAUAACCAUCCUUUGAAAAAUUGCCAGUCGAAUGCCGGUGAAUUUUUCAACGACGAUUCCUUCAACCGCGACAUCCAAGUUAACUUGGUGAAGAAGAGAUUCCAUACCAAUCCACAUGAACCAGAAAUGAUUGAAGAUAAGGAAAUAAAAAAUGCUUCUGUGGGAACUGUAUCUUCGAAAUCGUUAUCAUUUUCCAAUGCAAGCUCCGCUUCUAACCCAAGUACUCCAAAUAGUUUGCUAUUACCAUCCUAUGAUAACUCCACCAGCCAAAUGUUAUUGGGAGUCAAUCUCAACCAAGCCAGCUCAGUGAAUUUAAGCGACAGUUAUUCGGUAUCUUCUCCAAUUUCAUCUUGUGAUAAUUCAAUGGAAGAUUUCCUUAGCACACGUGGGUCUUCGGCACAUUUGACUGCUGCUAUUGAAGGAACAUCGAACAUCGAUCAGAGUAUAAAUCAUGGCAAUUACAAUUUUUCUGAUGAUUGGAAAUUCACUGGUAAUCAAGAAGUUUAUUCAUCAAGUUAUGCUUCUCCAUUCUUCGAGCCAGUUAGAGAUGAUCAAUUGCCUGAAGGUAUAUCUACCGUAAAUAGUCUUAUUGAUGAUUUUUUCACCAGAAAUAGUGGUGCCCCACAACAGAGUAUGGAUAUGAUGAACCGAAACAUGUCAAUGAACAUGAACCAAAACGUGUCAUAUGUCCAGCUAAAUGAUAGCACCCAAGAACUUCCAAGAUCGAAACCAGAGGAUACUUCUUUUAACUUCUCUAAAAUAGACGAUAUAUCAAUGAGGGCUAACUACAAUUCCACAAUGCCAUUCAUGACGGAUUCAGCUUUUAACAAUGUCCACAACAACAUGUUGUCUAAUUUGGAUUAUGGUGUGCCAGCUUGCCCCGUUAUAAAUAUGAAUGACAUGGGAAUGGUUACUGACAUUGACAUGAAUAACUAUGACAACUCUGAACCUCAGUUUUCUAUGAAUGGUAACAUGAACGCCACAAAUGGUAAUGAAGAUUAUUCAAAUAUUCCAAUCACCACCUUUGUUGAUGAUUGUCCUGCAAUGUACUAG